CUCGACACGCAAUCGUCGUCUUCUUUAUCCUCUUCUCGUAGAUCAUUUCUCUGAGGAAAGUUUCUUUUUUUAGCAAAUACUUUUGUUCCUGUGAGCUUCAAAGUUGCCUCUUUUUGUUAAGACCAUGUCGUCCACUUCUUUCACCGACCUCCUUGCUUCCUCCGGCGUUGACUGCUACGAACAAGACGAAGACUUUCUUGGUGGGUUUUACCCGGAGAGAACCGGGUCGGGUUUCCCCAAGUUCAAGACGGCUCAGCCUCCUCCUCUCCCGAUUUCACAAGCUUCUCAUGGUUUCUCCUUCUCCGACUUGCUUGACUCUCCUCUUCUUCUGAGCUCCUCUCAUAGUUUGAUAUCUCCGACGACAGGAGCGUUUCCAUAUCAAUGCUUCAAUGGAACAAACAAUCACUCAGAUUUUCCCUGGCAGCUACAAACGCAACCGCAACCGCAACCGCCAAACGCUUCUUCUGUUUUGCAAGAAACAUAUGCUGUUCAAGAUCUCCAGAAGAAGCAGGAGGAUCCGGUUCAUCGUGAGUUUGGAUCAGAUGGCCAGGUUAAGGUACCAUCAUACAUGGUGGUGAGUAGGAACUCUAAUGAUGGUUAUGGUUGGAGAAAAUACGGUCAGAAACAAGUGAAGAAGAGCGAGAACCCUAGGAGUUACUUCAAGUGUACGUAUCCUAAUUGUGUUUCCAAGAAGAUUGUUGAGACUGCUUCUGAUGGACAGAUCACUGAGAUCAUCUACAAAGGAGGUCACAACCAUCCUAAGCCUGAGUUCACCAAGAGACCAUCAGGAUCAAGAAGAAUGUUUAAUCCUUCUUCUGUUGUUAGUGAAACUCAUGAUCAGUCAGAGAACUCGUCGAUUUCGUUCGAGUACAGUGAUCUUGAGCAGAAGAGCUUUAAAUCUGAAUAUGGUGAGGUAGAAGAAGAGGAGGAACAACUUGAGAUUAAGAGACUGAAAAGAGAAGGUGAAGAUGAAGGAAUGUCUGUAGAAGUAAGCAGAGGAGUGAAAGAACCAAGAGUUGUUGUUCAAACAAUAAGUGAAAUUGAUGUUCUUCUAGAUGGCUUUAGAUGGAGGAAGUAUGGUCAGAAAGUUGUUAAGGGAAAUACUAACCCAAGGAGCUACUACAAGUGCACAUACCAAGGUUGUGGAGUGAGGAAGCAAGUAGAAAGAUCCGCGGAAGAUGAGAGAGCAGUUCUCACUACCUACGAAGGAAGACACAAUCACGACGUCCCAACCUCGCUGCGUCGGUCAUGAAAACAAUACAUUCCUGGGACUUAAAGUCACUAGUAAUAACAUUUUAGGAUUUGGUAAUACACAUACUAUAUGGCUAUCUUUUGUGCUCAUUACAGUUUGUUUAUUUGUUUGUUUGUAACACAGUAAGUAAGCAGUACAUUGUGUCGUACAGAGUGGUGGUUAGUAUUUAUUUUUAUCUUCA